AUGGGUGCCGCUGCCUGGUGUUGUCUCGGAGUAACAAUACCGCUGCUCCUGUUUUGGCGGCCCGAGCUGCUGGUGGCGGCGGAGCAGGUCGCACUGGUGGAGGUUUUCCUUGAGCAACGGCCCGGUGUCAAUGCCCUGUUCCAGGGGGAGGUGGUCGAGGCUAGCUGGAGGUCAGAACCACGGAAUCAUGAUCAAGAUGAGCUGGAGGGGAACCUCGUGUUGGUUCAAGAUGAGAAAAUGAGCUUAAGCAAAGGCGAAGAAGAGGACAGCACCAAGAAGCAGGAGGCCUGGAUUGGGGUUGUACCUGUGGAGAUGGAUGACAGUAAAGCCUCUACAGGGAACCAGGAGUCCUUUGCUGAUGCAGUGGUUAAUAAAAUGAAACGAGCCUUGGUCCUUGGAGCUUCAGCGCUUAUUAUUCUGGCUCUCAACCAAAACACUGUCAGUGAGAUGGAUUUGACUCAGGUGCUGUCCAAGCCCAUUAUUGUGAUCCAGACAUCAGAGAAUGUCACCAAACUUAUUGGAGCUCUGAUCAGGGGCCUUCGUGCAACAGCAAAAAUCACAUACGAGACAAUGCUGCAGGACAACCUGGGAGCGACGCUCACUCUAUGGUCCAGUUGCGGUCGAUCGAGAGGGGGUCUCUACGGAGAGUGGCAGGGGGUCAUCUGCACAGGAGAGAACAACUCUCAGGUCCAGGUGGGGAAGCACAGCUUCUUUGAUGGCAUCUGCAGGGCUAAACUGUGUCAGCCGAAGUACCUACAGCAGCUGUGGGACACCGUCCUCCUGGUGGCUCUUAUUCUCUGCACAGGAGUCAUUGUCCAAGCACGCUGGCAGUACCAAGACCGUCGGCUAAAUGACGACUCAGAGCUUCUUCCUAAACAGGACAUUCUGAAGAGAAUGUCGUUGCUGAAAACCAAAAUGUAUCGUCAGCCCAGACCGUGGUGUGACCCAUCCCAGCCCAUAGAGACGGACAACUGUGCCGUCUGCCUUGAACCGUUCAACAACAACCAGUGUUUGCGGGUGUUGCCAUGUCUUCAUGAGUACCACAGAGAUUGUGUUGAUCCCUGGCUGUUGUUGCACCACACCUGCCCGCUGUGCAAACGCAGCAUCCUCAGUGAGUUCAAUAGGAAGCUUUUGCUUUUUUAUUAA